AUGGGUGCAGCGUGCGGGGUAUAUUGUACAGAAAACCUGCACAAUUUGAAUCGCGCUUGCAUCGAGCAAGUGCAAUAUUCCAGGCUGCCGCCUCACGCCGAGCAAGAGAUGGUGUUCAGUCGGAGUGUUGAGCACUCAUUGCAGCGCUCCGUGCUGAAGCGUCGCUGGAUUUCAGACGAUACGGCCGGCGAGGAGUUGGACAGGCUUUCAAGAGAACUGUUCCUCCUGCACGACUUGGAUGGUGAUGGUCUACUCGCGGAAGAUGAGCUCGUCCAGCUCAAUCUGACAAUUGCCAUACUGCACCAUGGCGAUGGUGCUGACUUGGUUGAAGUGGAGGAUUCAUACAGGACCAUGUUCCGCGAGAAGCUUAGCCAGGAUGGACACGCCAUUCAAUUUGGCUGCUUUCGGAAGCAUCUGCGAGGCGUGCUGAACAACCUGGACCCGGACGUGCUGGCACAAAAGAUGAUGCUCGAACAGUUUGGGAGCGGGCUCUUGAAGCUGUUGCUGGUGGAAUCCAUGAGUUCGAGAUCCAGGUUUCCUCGAGUGGGUCCAGGAAGCAUGUUUCAAAGCUUCUCGAGCCUCUCGAGGAGCUGGCCCCGGACCUGGGAGUUCGACUGGGUACUCUCUGGACGCGGAUCCCAGGCUGCUGUCUACAAUUUAUUUGGGCAGCACUUGGUGCAGAACGCAGUGGAAGGCUUGCAUGGCUCUGUCAUCGCAUGUGGGCCGUCGAGCAGUGGAAAGAGCCACACCAUCUUUGGAGGUCGCCAACAGGAGCAACAAGGCCUUGUUCCACGUCUGGCAGAGGGCAUCUUCAGGGUGCUGCGAGCUCGUGGCGAGAAGCACAUCGUGAAGUUUUCGUACUUAGAGCUCUACAAUGAGCGGAUCCAAGAUCUUCUGCGUCCUGGGAAGGCCUCGAAAGCUCCGGCUCUGGAGGUUGAUCCACCAAGCGCGGGAAACAUUGCAAUGAGCCAUCUGGGAAGUGCUUUCCUUGCUCCGGGAUCUCUGAACACAGCUGGCACUCCAAUCAAAGAGACGGUCGGACGAGCGGGCCAGGCCCCAGGUGGAUCUUUCAAGCGUGACGGAAUGGCGGGUGUUGCAGGUGCUGCUGUUGCAGCCUCGGCUCUGGCAGCUUUGCAGAAGCUCACACUCCGCCCGAAUGGAUCCCAGCGUCACGUGCUUCGUCGCGCGUUCGCCACAAAGUCUCUGAGACAUCAGCCACGUCCCUCUAUGACAGCCCGCAUGGCCACAACCGUGCUUGCUCCUCCAGGCGAGCUUCUGGGGGUGUCCCCAGACGAGAAAUACAACGUUCCCGCCGGCGUACGAGAGAAGCUUGGCAAGGACUUGUUGCUGAAUCCGAAGCAUCCUCUGGGGAUUUUGUGGAAGACGGUCCAGGACUAUUUUGCGGAGCAGGAUCCGAACUGCAAGUUCUUUGACACAGAGAAGCCGGUUGUGAACACAGUGGACUGCUUCGACAAGCUGCGAGUUCCACCGGAUCACCCUUCUCGAUCGCCGUCAGACACGUACUACGUGAACAAGGACUAUGUCUUGAGGACCCACACUUCUGCGCACCAGUGCCAGUUUCUCAGCCAGUAUCCUGAAAUUACUUCCUUCUUGUGCGCCGGCGAUGUCUACAGAAGAGAUGAGAUUGAUGCAUCGCACUACCCAGCAUUCCAUCAGUGCGAGGGUGUGAGGCUAUUUGACGCAGAGAAGGUCUCACGAGAAGAGGUUCUGGAGGAUUUGAAGAAGACGCUUGAAGGGUUGGCAGCCCAUUUGUUCCAGCUGAAGACCGGCGAAGAUACAAUGCGAUGGCUUGACGAGUAUUUCCCCUUUACCGAGCCAUCGCUGGAGCUGGAGAUCUUCUAUCAGGAUGAUUGGAUGGAGGUGCUGGGAUGCGGCGCUGGGGCCUUAGUCCUGCGGAAUGCCGGCCUGGAUCCGGCGAAGGUCCACGGCUGGGCCUUCGGCCUGGGGCUCGAGCGCCUGGCCAUGGUGCUGUUCGGCAUUCCUGAUAUUCGACUCUUCUGGUCGGACGAUUCCCGUUUCUCCGAGCAGUUCGUUCCAGAGUCCUUCGCGCAGAAGACAAAGUUCAAGCCAUUCUCCAAGUAUCCUCCUGUUCUCAAGGACAUAAGCAUGUGGAUCCCGGAAGAGUUUGCUGACAAUGACCUGUUCGAGAUGAUUCGCGAUGAGGGCGGUGACCAGGUCGAGAAGGUGGAUCUGAUGGACGAUUUCACGCACCCAAAGACAGGCCGCCGAUCCAAGAUGUUCCGAGUGACCUGGCGGGACAUGUCACGAACUCUAACGAACGAGGAGGUCAAUGCCAAGCACGAGACAGUUUUGGAGCGACUCUUGCCGGCUUUGGUGAUGUUAAAGUCACAAGAUGCGAGCUGUUGCAAGAACCAACAUGAACACCGUCUCCUCACGCUCGCACGCUGUGGCGACAUUCCAGGUGGAGCAGCUCUUGCCGGGACGUGCUCUGGAGGACACCAAGCGCAGGCGGGCGCAGCUGCAGACCGUCGAUCUGGCGGGGGCUGCGCGCAUGGACCAGAUCGGAGACUCCGAGGCCCCGCUGUUGGCCCUUGA